AUGGCUUCCUCGACGCAAGACCUCAUCCCACAUCUUCAGCUCGCGAACACGUUUGGGGCACUGUUUAUUGGGGUCAUCAUUGCAGCAGUUCUCUUUGGUGUCACCAUCGUUCAAGUUUUCAUCUACUUUCAGACGCAUAGUGGUACAGGAAUAACAUUCUACAAGCUGGUCGUCAUAUUGGUUUGGAUACUUGACGCUCUGCAUCUGGCCCUGAUCAUCCAUUACGUCUAUUUUUAUUUAGUGAUCAACUACGCGAACAUUAGCGCGCUCACAGAAAUAGUAUGGAGUUGCAAACUCCAGCCUGUCGUCGUCGUUCUCAGCAUCUUUAUGGAUCAUGUUCUAUAUAUUCAUCGCAUAUGGACAGUCAGCAAGGGCCGGUCAAAAGUUCUGGCGAUCAUAGUGGGCGUCGCCGUCGUCCUAGCUUCAGGUCUUGCCAUCGCCAUUAUCUGGUGCAUGUAUCAGAAAAUUCAUGUAAUGGCCGAUUUGGACACAAUCAUGUGGUCAGUAUACAUGUUAUACAUGUAUUUGGGCACCGUUGCCUUUAUCGACAUCUUUAUUGCAUCAUCGCUAUGUUAUAUCCUCGCUACGUCCCGUACUGGGUUCUUGAGGCAAGUUGCUGUCCAUACACUAUCUAUUCAUAACAAAGCUCAUGAUUUAUAUCAUCAAUACAGGUUGUUUGACGAGUAUGUGUUCAAUGGCAGUUGUUAUUACAUGAUGCCGAAGAACUUUAUAUACCAAGCUGUCGAAUUUAUACUGCUUAAGCUAUACGUCAACUCGUACAUCGCACUGCUGAACGUGCAAUACUAUGCGCAGCCCCACACAGACACAAUACGUUCUUCCGAAUACCAUAUACGUCAUGACGUCUACCGUCCGAGACUGCAGGUUGGAGUAUCGCAGGACGAGGAACUCCAGGCAUCCCAGAAGAGCAUAUUUAAACAUCCCGAUGAUGAAGUGUUGCAUAUCACUCGAACUGUUCAGACUCCCCAGCGGCCGAUUGAGGUGGCGAUGCAAAUGAAUUCUCUCUCUUCAACGUAA